AUGUCUACUGAAAAGUACAGGAGGAAUGCCAAUGUGCAGAGAAAAGGAGUGAAGAAGACCAAGGAUGUGUAUAAGACCAAGGAUAAGAAGCUGAAGGCUAACCUGCGGAAGCAGGACAAGAGGUAUAAGGAAGCUGUGGAGAGUGCCUCUGCCACGGAGUUCUUGCUGCCCGAAUCCAGCGGUUUUAUGGAAGCUGAAACUGAGAUGGAAAAGACAUUUAGAGUGAAACAGGAUGAAAUUAGAGAUAGUGUCGAUGUUUUAACUGCAUCCAAGGGUAUUGAUCUGAAACUAAAUGAUUUUGGUCCUUACCAUGUUAAUUUUAACAGGAACGGUACACAUAUGUUGAUUACUGGUUUGAAAGGUCAUGUGGCCUCCAUGGAUUGGAGAAAAGGUGAAUUAAGGGCAGAAUUAAACCUGAAUGAGACAUGUAACGCUGCUUGUUAUUUACAAAAUGAGCAAUUUUUUGCUGUUGCACAAAAGAAAUACACAUUUAUUUAUGACCAUGAAGGUGUUGAAUUACAUAGGCUGAAACAACAUAUCGAGGCUAGACACUUGGAAUUCUUACCUUACCAUUAUCUAUUAGCAACAGCUGGUCAAACUGGGUGGUUGAAAUACCAUGAUGUUUCUACUGGUCAGAUGGUAUCCGAACUUAGAACAAAAUUGGGUCCUACAACGUCAAUGACGCACAAUCCAUGGAACGCUGUGAUGCACUUGGGUCAUAGUAACGGUACUGUUACUCUGUGGUCUCCAUCAAUGCCAGAGCCUCUAGUUAAAUUGCUGUCAGGUAGAGGACCAAUAAAUAGUGUUGCUGUUGACAGAAGUGGUUACUAUAUGGCAACAGUGAGUCAGGAUAAAUCUUUGAAGAUCUGGGAUAUAAGAAACUUUAAAGAACUUCAUAGUGUGGAAAACCUACCUACACCCGGCACAAAUGUCACAAUUUCAGAUACAGGAGUUUUAGCUGUUAGCAGGGGUCCCCAUGUCACACUUUGGAAGGAUGCGCUCAAGAGUAGUAAAUCUGCACGUCCAUGCUUCGGAUCUAUUAAUGGCGAUCCAAAUAGAAAUACACCUUAUAUGACACAACUGUUCCCUGGCAAUAAAGUGAGAAAUAUGAAAUUUGUCCCAUUUGAAGAUUUAUUAUCUGUUGGUCAUGAAAGUGGUGUUACAAAUCUGAUAAUUCCUGGUGCUGGUGAAGCAAACUACGAUGCUUUGGAGAUCAACCCAUUCGAAACUGCAAAGCAAAGACAAGAACAAGAAGUGAGAACAUUAUUAAACAAAUUACCAGCAGAUUCAAUUUCUUUGGAUCCAAAUGUUAUUGGUACAGUGUCUAGUAAGGCCGCUGCCACAAGACUUACCGCUAAGGACCUAGAGCAAGUUACUUUGCAACAAGACAAUGUCAAGAAUGACAAUUCAGAUAUUCCCCAAGUGAAAGUUGAUACAAAGGGGAAAAACUCUGGUUUACGUGCAUUUAUGCGUAAGAAGACUAAAAAUGUUAUAGAUGAAAGAAAGGUCAGAGUACAAAAAUUGAUAGAAAAGGAAAAGCAAUUACGUGAUAGAAAGCACAAAAUAUCCAAAGGUGAACUUGAUGAAAAUUAUACUGACGUAGUGGAUUCUGCAUUGGGUAGAUUUAAAUAA